UCAGAAGUAUUUAUUCCAUGAGUUUCGUGAGACUAUUUGAGAAUUUCGAGAACGUCGAUGUUGAAGAAUGUAAACUUAUAGGUGAAGUUCCUCCAUGGCUGAAAGGCACAAUGGUUCGAAAUGGACCGGGUAUGUUCAAAAUUGGCGAUACUGAAUAUAGACACUGGUUCGAUGGCAUGGCAUACAUUCAACGGUAUCACUUUGUGGAUGGAAAGAUGUAUUACUCGGCUCGAUAUCUGGAAAGCGAUGACUAUAAGGCCAACAUGAGGGCCAAUCGUAUUAUAGCUGGUUCGUUCGGAACACGGACAUUCCCAGAUCCAUGCAAGACACUGUUUCAAAGACUCACAUCCUUCUUUCAACCUGACAAGUCUAUAGACAACUGCAGUGUGGCGUUUACCCAGCUAGGUGAUGCUGUGUAUGCAGUGACUGAAUCGCCACUUAUGGUCAAAAUUGAUACCGAUAAUUUGGAUAAUCUUGGCCAGGUAGACAUUCGUAAGCAUCUCAAAGUGAGUCUUCACACUUACUCAGCUCACUGUCACUCUGACGCUGAUGGUAAUCUCUACAAUAUUGGUAGCAUGUUUGGAGGAUCGUCCAAAUACGUUUUUGCCAAGACAAACGCGCCUAAAAAAGGAGAGACAAAUGAUGAUUUCGAGAACACCGAAUUGCUCGGUAUGGUGGCAGCUACUGAUUCUUGGGCACCAGCUUAUUAUCAUUCAUUCGGGCUCACUGAAAAUUAUAUUGUGCUAUUCGAGUGUCCAGAACGGCUCAAUUUGAAGAAAAUUAUCGUGCAAAAAUUCAUCGGUUCCUCUUAUAAUGAGUGUAUGUACUACGAUUCUAGCCUUCAAGUAAAUAUAAUCCUCUUCGACAGAAUCAACCGAAAGAGAGUGGAAGGGAAGAUAACUUCUGACGCUUUCUUCACGUUCCAUCAUGCAAAUGCAUACGAAAAAGAUGGUUUUAUUGUAGUCGAUUACUGCAAGCUUCUUAACCCAGGAAACUUUGAUGACUUCAUCUUGGAACAUAUACGAAUGGGUUCACUUAUAUCUAAGGACACAAAGGUUAUUCCUUAUCUCCAUAGAAUGAUUAUUCCUAUCAACGUUAGCGAAGAUAGUAAAGCAGGAGAUGAUUUAUUGUCAUCAUGCAAAUUUGCAAAAGACUGUAAAGCCAUUCUCAAAGAAGAUGGUAGCAUCCAUUGUACAGAUAUGAAAAUGUGUGAACAUUCUUUUGAGUUUCCUCGCUACUGUUACGAUCUCAACAUGAAAGAAUAUCGUUAUGUCUAUGGAGCUAAUCUCGGUUUUGAUUCCGAAGCUAAGCAAGGGAUUGUUAAAGUUGAUCUACUAAAUGGCACCAAUAAAGUCUGGUACAAAGACGCGGCCGAUCAACUGUGCGCUGAGCCGAUACUCGUAAAUAAACCAAAUUACUCAAAGGAAGACGAAGGUGUUCUACUAGUUCCUGUGAUCACGACAAACGAAAAUGAUACACCUUACGUUGCUGUAUUGGAUGCAGAAAGCUUAGAGGAACAAGCCCGGUUUGUUAUACCGCAGUCAAGGAUUCCGCUCGGAUUUCAUGCUCACUAUGUGCCAAAACCGAACUUGUAGUUGAUAGAUCUAAUAAACGCUCAAUCUUAAUCUUGUC